AUGAUUACAGAAUUCGAGGAAGGCGCCCAAAUUCCCCCCAUUAGAAUAUACCCGGACAAGUUUCUUGGUCAACUUGCCGUGGUGACGGGUGGGGCCCAGGGAAUUGGUGCUGCGACUGCUCAACUUUUCGCCAAACAAGGAGCCCACGUUGUUCUCCUGGAUAUUCGAGAGGACAAGCUUCUAGAAAAACGGGCUUUGAUAGAGAGCGAAGGUGGUAAAGUCAGCUAUUUUGUGUGUGAUAUCUCGAAUGAGCAACAGGUCACCGAGACCAUCGGCUCCAUUGUUCAACGCUUUCAGAGGAUCGAUAUCCUGGCCCACAUUGCCGGCAUCUACCCCUUCAACCCCCUCGACAAGAUCACCCCCGAAGUCUAUCGUCGCACCAUUACAGUUAACAUUGAUGCCUCCUUUUAUCUCACUUGUGCUGUCCUUCCCUACAUGAAGAAGGCUGGAUACGGCCGUAUUAUUCAUACCACCUCAUCAACCGUCCAAGAGCCAGAGCCAGGACUUACCGCAUACGCUACAUCCAAAGCAGCCAUAAUCGGGUUAGUUCGUGGCACUUCCACCGAGGCCGGAUCCGGGAUCACUGUCAAUGCAGUGAUGCCGGGAUUGAUCCGAACAGACCAAGUGUGGAACUCGGGUGUUCAACCCGACGGAUCCAAUCCUCUUUUUGAGCGGGUGAUCAAGAAGCAAGAUGUAAAACGAUGUGGGAGCCCCGAUGAUAUCGCGCAUUGUUUCUGUUUUGUCGCCAGCCCAGAAGCUUCUUUCAUUACUGGACAAAUAUUCGAUGUUAGCGGAGGAGAAACAUACCACUGA